CGGUGUACAAACACAUAUUUGAUUUAGGAGCACUUGGCGGUGAUUGGCCCAAGGUAUAUCUCAAACUGCGCGGUGUAGAACUAGCUAGACCAUGUGACGGCAGAUAGACAAUAUUAUCCUAAACGAAGAACCCACGGCCAGCUCAUACGAGUUUAGAGAUGACAGCAGCGGUAUGCUAGCUACCUAAAGAGCUAUGUUUUAAAAUGUAUUUGGAUCCGCCAACCUAGAUGGCCGCUUUCAAGUGUUAGCUACCUACUUUCCUUGACGUCUGCUUGUCGGUGUUAGACGUCGUUGAAUAGUUUUUGAAGACCUUCGGAAAUCGAGAUCAAGAAGACUAAGAGUAGCUAGAAGCUAGCUUGCUAGUUUAGUUGGCUAGUGUAUUGGUGAGUGCUAGCAGUGUACGUUAACUAGUCAUCGCAGUUUUCUCUGCGCUGCACUGACUGCAGUGUAUCCCAACCUAAGGAUUUGGGGCGUUCUUGUGUUUUGGCUUGAGUAGCUGAAAUCACCGAUCAAGCCUAUCAAAUCUACUUGACGUAUCAAUGCGCUAUGCCUCUGCGCACACGCCCUGAAAAAGAUAGGCAGUCAGCUGUUCUGUGUGGAUGGUGUUCAGAUAUAAACCCUAAUAAGUGUACGUGGCUAGCAAGUCAUAUCAGAACAGAUGUUGCAUCUUGAAACCAGACAUCAGCGCUUCUGUCUGAUGUUAGCACAGUGAGUGGGGUUUUUCCUCAGUUUUAUGGGAUGCAGUGGUAGCUAGCAAGGGCUUAGCUAAUUGCUCAGUCAUGGGGGCCACUGUGUCAUGCUGCAUGUCCCCCGGAGGGAGUCCGAAAAUUCAGAGGAGAGAGUACGAGCUCGAGGAUUAUCCAAUAACCACUACUGAAGACGUUAGCGAGGACACUGGGACAUACUUACAGCACAUCAGCGACAGAGAAGUCCCUGACGAACUGGCACACGAGUCAAACCCGUCGGACCACCCGAGAGCCAGCACCAUUUUCCUCAACAAGUCGCAGACAGAUGUGCGUGAGAAAAGGAAAAGUAAUUACUUGAAUCAUAUGUCCCCUGGGCUCCUGACGAAGAAAUACAGCUCCUGCUCCACAAUCUUCAUUGAUGACAGCACAGUGAGCCAGCCCAAUCUGAAGAGCACGGUCAAAUGUGUGACUUUGGCGAUAUACUAUCACAUAAAAAACAGGGAUUCAAACCGCUCCGUGGACAUAUUCGAUGAGAAGAAGCACCCGUUGACUAGAGAGAAGGUUCCGGAUGACUACUCCAGCGUGGACCCAGAACACAAGCUCAUCUACCGCUUCGUCCGCACGCUCUUCAGCUCGGCCCAGCUCACCGCGGAGUGUGCCAUUGUCACACUGGUGUACCUGGAGCGCCUGCUGACCUACGCUGAGAUGGACAUCUGUCCGUGUAACUGGAAGCGCAUCGUGCUGGGGGCCAUCCUGCUGGCCUCCAAGGUGUGGGACGACCAGGCCGUGUGGAACGUGGACUACUGCCAGAUCCUCAAGGACAUGACUGUAGAAGACAUGAACGAGAUGGAGAGACACUUCCUGGAGCUGCUCCAGUUUAACAUCAACGUCCCGGCCAGCGUCUACGCCAAGUAUUACUUUGACCUGCGCUCUCUGGCCGACGAGAACAACCUGAGCUUCCCUCUGGAGCCUCUCAGUAACAAGCGAGCCCAGAAACUGGAGGCCAUCUCCAGAUUGUGCGAGGACAUGUACAAGGAAAUGGGCAAGACCACCAUGAAGAGGUCACUCAGCGUAGACAACCUAGUGGGUGUCCGAAACACACACGCCGUGCUGUCCUAGAGAAGACGGUACACACACACACACGGACAUUAACGAUCCCUCUGGAACUACCCUGUGGUGUAGUUCCCCAGAAAGAGCGGGAAAGUAGACAGACGGUUUCCUUUGCUUACUAUGUAGGCCCUUUAGCUGUGAAAUGUAUCAGUUUGUAAUUGAGAUCAUUUUCAGUUGCUGUAUUUUAAUAAACUGUAUACAACAUUUGUUUUUGAGACAACUUAUCAAGCAAUUCACACUUCACACGAUCUUGAAGUUUGGUUUAUUAUGUACAAGGCCCUGUGAAAAGAUUCUACUGAAAGCGAUCAAUAUUCUGUUGAAAAGCUAUGAUUUGAAUGGGUAAACUGACAAGACCUGAACAAUGUAUAAGUAUCAGAACCACACAUGGGAACCCCUUAUGAAGCUAACUAAAAAGCUGUUGUACGUGCUGGCAGAGUGUAGCUGAGAAUGAGAGUGAGAUUAUGCUUGAGGGAGAUGGGAUGUUGAUGUUGAUUCUGAUGGAUCAAGCUUCCUGAAGUGCUAUUGUAGUUACAAAAACAGACCACAUGGGGGCAGACUAUACAAAGGUUCUUCCAUAAACUGGCAAAAGCUAGUUAAAAUCCAGUGACCAUCAAAUUAAAACACAUUCUUAAACAUUCAUCAGUUAUCCUAAGGCAGAGGUUUAAUUUAUAGGGACACAUUCUUAACCUUGCACAUAAGCAUUUACAGUUGGCUCAUAACCAUCAUG